AUGGUUAAAACCUAACCCUCAGAUGAAUUAAGACCUGAAAUAAGCGAAAGUGAAGAUCGUCAAUAACCUGACUCUUCUAAAUUUUCGUUCAAAUCAUUGCCAGUGAUGAUGUUCGAUAAAAUUUAGAAUCAUUCCACUUCUGAUGAAUUUGUAUAAGUCAAAUAACCUAGCGAAGAACCUUCCAAUAUUAUAUAGAACCGGAGUAAGGUUCUCCAUUAAUAUCCUUUAGGAAGUAUAGGUGAAAAGCAUUUCUUGAAAGCCAACCCAUUCAAUAUUGCAGCUAAACUUGGCGUCGAUAAAAGGCUAAAUGAUAAGGACUUAUCUUAGGACGACAGUAAACAUUCAGAUUCGGAGUAAUUGAUACCGCUCAAAAAGAUAAGGAAAUCUGGAUAGAGCGGAAACUUAUUGUAGGAUAAAGAUUGCUCUGAUGCCUCAUAUGAUUCCGAAGAAGAAAACUCGAUAGCAAGCAAAUAGUCAGUUAGUCUAGACAGUAAUGAUGAAGAUGAUUCUCCUCUAGAGGAAUAUCUAAAGCUAGGAUAGUAAAAUAAAAACAUCAUGUUGCAUCAUGAUAAAUUUUCAGAUAAGGCUGAAUCUCAUAUCAUACAAAAAUCUAUUUUGAUGGCUAAUAACAGGAAGGAUAUAAUAUCUUAGUCUAAUUAGGCGCUUUCACUGUUAGAGUAAAGGUUAUAAAACAUUCCAGAAUUUGAAAGCCCUGCUGCCUUAGGAAGUAAUUAAUUCAGAACGCGGAUAUCUAAAGAUUAAUUAAUUGGGGCAGAGGAAUAAAAUUAAAAAAUUAACUAAUUACUCAGUAGAGACUAAUAGAUGAUUGUAGAAGACUUACCCUAAAACUAAGAAAAUCAUUAAGAGGCCUAGAAUACUUAGAGGGAAAUGGCCUAACAGGAUAUGCUAGGUGAUAUUGAAAAACUGAAUUAGCCAGGGCCUCUGCAAAAUACUGACUCGAAGAAGGAAAAACAAAUUGACUAUGAUAUUUUCGAUUAAUCGUAAAUUAACAUUGUUAAUAAGGGACCUAGGAGGCCUCUGUCACCCUAUAUUUUCUUCAGUUAGGAAAAACGUAAAGAGCUCAAAAAGGAACAUCCUGAUUGGAACUCAACAUAAAUUAUGAAAUAGGUGAGUGUCCUAUGGUAGAGAAUGUCUGCAGAGCAAAAGAGGGAUUUUUAGGAGUAGUCUAAAAAAGAUAGAGAGAGGUAUGAGAAUGAGAGAUCUGAUUUCGUAGCUAAGAAAGAAGAGGACCCUAAAUUAGAAUUAGCCCCAUCAGUACUAGAAACGGUUAAGCAAAGAUCGCAGAUUUUGAAACAGUAGCUAGAAAAGAGAAAAAAGUCAGAUGACAUAUACAUAGACACACUUUUACCAGCAAAACGAUAGAGAAAAGUAAGGAAAAAUUCAAGCAAGUAACUGGAGCAAUUGGUAACCAAUGAUUAGGAUAGACUCAAAUAAAUAGCUCAUGCUAACUCUGUCAAAGUUCCUUAGAAAUCAAUUAUUCAUGAGAUUAUGCCGAUGCAGUAGUAAAUUUUCCACAAUAGAGAAUCGAUGGAUGAGAAAAAAGAGACGAGUUCAUUUACAAAUUUACGAUUAGCAAUUUAAUAAAAUUAAAAAAUAAACUAAAAGGAAGAAAUCAAAUCAUCUCAAAAUGGACAUGGAGAAAGCUCUCCAAUUAAGACUAAGACUGAAGUAUAGAUAGAAAGAGAUCGCUUAGUUCAUAGAAUAUAAUCAGAUAUUAGUGUUCAAAAAUAAAGUGAGCAGUCCACAGGAAGAUUCUAAAGUAGGACUGGCAGUAGCAUUACCUAAAUCACUUAAUUAAUGUAAAGAGGUGAUGUUUCGCCAAUGAAUGAUGCACCUCCUAGGAUAUAAGCAUUCAAUAGUCUCCAGCUAUAGAGAUAAAGACUUGCGCAAUAGCAGGAAUAUAACAAAUCUUCUGUUAAUUUAAGCUCUGAUUUACAUCAAUAGAGAUUCUUACCUACUCCUCUCAUGAGUAGCUCAUCUCUUUAACAAUUUGCAUUUACACCAAGAAAUGAAACGCAAUUCUAAGCUGCUUAGUUAUAACCAAAUCAAUUUGGCAGAGGAAUCCCACCAUCUCCAGGUAGAAACAAUCUUAGCAGUAAUACUAGAUUACCAUAUCAAACUUUUUAGUCACUUACACAACAAUAAAUCUUCCCAAAUCAUAAUAUCUUAUCAUCCAGCUACCAACUACCAUAAUAGCAAUACCUAGGACUUUAAAAUCAGCAUCUCAACCACUAAUAUUUGCAGUAAUAGUAAUAUAUACCUCAAGAGCAUCUCCUUAAUCAUGCCUAGCUGAACUACUUCCUCCACUAGCAGUAGUAGCAUCAAUAAAUAACUCUAGGUGCUUCACAUCCCCCAAGCUAGGCUUAGAUAUAGUCACAGCAAUAAUAACCACCAAGUGUUAGUCAAGUAGCCCCUCAAUAAAGUUAAGUUCAAAAUGCCUCACCAUUAACUCACCCAACUCAGCAAUAAUCUUCUUCAGCAGCUAUCCCAACAGCUACAGGGUCAGGAAUAGAAACAAACAAUUUGCAAGGCUUUACUUAAUUCAUUCAGGGCAACCCUUAGAAUCAAUCAUAAGCACCAAUUUAACUUAUGUAAGCAGCAGAAUUUAACCACUAGAUAGUCCAAUAAUCUCAUUAGUAACACUAGCAAUAAUAAUAAUAGCAAUAAUAGCAAUAACUUCAUCAGUAAUAACAAUAGCACUAGUAACAUCAGCAGUAGUAACAGUCUCAUUAGUAACAACCUCAACUCUAGUCAUUGAAUAGCCAUUAAUCUCAAAACUUUUAAAAUCAUUUGCAUGGAAACCAUAUUACUACCUAUUAUGAUGAUCAGUUAAAAGCAUAAGCUUAAGCAAAUUUGCCUCCAAUCAAUAUUCAACCGUCACAUACUAAUCUUACACCAUUCCAGUCAAGUAUUUAACUGCCAACAAUUCCAUUUUAUGGGAGUUGGGGUUACUAUGAUGCUAAAAAUCAUCUUCGGGGAAACAGUAACAUCAAUUUAAAUGAAGACGAUUUUAAUGAAUUUACAAAUAUACAUCUACAGAGAUAUAACUCAUCUUUAAUUAACAAUUAAAGCACUUUAAACCUGAGUUUCCCACAGAUUACAAACUACCAUUAGGGCACGUUUAAUUUAUUGGGAGGCCCUGGCAGCAGUUCUAACCUACACAUCCAGAACCAACCAGCUUUCUAUCCAUUCGUACUUCAAAAUGAUUAGGCGAAGUAAAAAGUUGACGAAGAGCAAGAAAAUAAUGAUUAAAUAGAGUCCCACAACGAUGAAGAACUUUUAUAGCUUGGAAAGGCAUCAUAGAAGCAAUGA